AUGAUCUCUUCACAGCAAAACCAAAAUACUCACACCUCUUCUUACCCUUUUGCAUCUCCAUCAAUGGGAAUGGUCUAUGAAGACAUGAUGGGGUCUCUCUCUCUUGGUUCCAACUAUGCUACUGUUUCAAAUAAUAAUUUUUCUUUACCUCAAGAUAGUUACUAUUAUGCCUGCAAGAGUUCUGAGGUGGAACAUGGGAGAAGCACAAGCUGGAGUUUUCCAUUCACGAGGGAGUUUCUUUCCUCAAGCUUUGAAGAUGUGGAGGGAAAAGGUUCUGAUUGUUGCAGUGAUGGGGUAGGGGAAAAUAGUGAGAGUCAUGAGAAAAUUAACCACGAUGCCAAGUUCAGUGAAGAGAAUAACCCUAAUGAAAUCACUGUUAGUGGCAAAGAGGUAGAUAGUGGACACUCCAAACUAUGUGCAAGAGGACAUUGGAGGCCUGCUGAAGAUUCCAAGCUGAAGGAGCUUGUGGCUCUUUAUGGUCCUCAGAACUGGAAUCUCAUAGCUGAAAAAUUGGAAGGGAGAUCAGGAAAGAGUUGUAGGUUGAGGUGGUUCAACCAGUUGGAUCCAAGGAUCAACAGAAGAGCAUUCAGUGAAGAGGAGGAAGAGAGGCUAAUGCAGGCGCAUAGAAUGUAUGGCAACAAAUGGGCCAUGAUUGCAAGGCUUUUUCCUGGGAGAACAGAUAAUGCAGUGAAGAAUCACUGGCAUGUUAUAAUGGCUAGGAAGUACAGGGAACAAUCCAGUGCUUAUAGGAGGAGGAGAACAAGCCAAUCUGUUUACAGAAGAAUGGAGCGAAAUCCAAGUUUUGUAUGCAGCAGAGAUAAUACCUUAACAACAGAAAUAGAACCAUCAUCACAUUCCUAUUGUCUCAAUCUCCUCCACAAUGGAGUAGUACUCAGCAACAAUAUGACUAGUUUCCCAUCCUUCCAUGGAAUAGCAGCUGGUGGCGGGGUUGAGUUUGGCUUAAAUGGUUCUUCACCCCACACGAGCGGUCGGAGAGAAGCAAUGUCAAACACCCCACAUGUUGGCUUGUGUGCUCAACCAACACCAUUUGAUUUUUUCUCUGGUGGUAGAAGCAAUGACAGGACUUACGAAUAUGAUCAUCGUCGUAGCCAAUUAGCUGGUUUCUACCCUCAUUAUGCCCCACAAUAUGUGAUGGCAAUGCAACAACUAAACAACAAUCACAAUUUUUACAGUUUCUCAAAUUCCUCAGCAUCAACAACUAUAGCCAGGGAACCAUCAUCAUCAUCAUUAUCUGUUGCAGAGACGAGUGAUAAAGUGGUGAUUAGUGACCCCCCAGAUGGUGUUCCCCCUCCAUUUUUUGACUUCCUUGGAGUAGGAGCCACAUGA